GCUAAUAACGGAAAAACUUGGUGCAUUUAGUUUUGGAAAAGUGAGCGCGCUGCUGCCGUGACGGUUUUGGCCGGCAGAAAGUUUUGUUGCGCUAAUGAACCUAAAUUAAAGCUGACGGCUUUACCAUGAAUACACUUGUCAGCAUUUUGAUUGCUGCCUGCGCUGCGGCUUUUGCCAUUUUUCACACUUAUCCCGCUCCGCCGAAAUCACCGCUACUUUACCAGUGGGAAAAAGAAGACGGUGGUUCGUACUUCAAGUUUCAAGACUACGACAUAUUUUUUAAAGAUGUCAAGGGCAAUGCAGAAAACAAGGACGUGCUACUGUGUCUCCAUGGCUUUCCAACUUCUAGCUUUGACUAUUACUUGGUCCUACCAUCACUGCGAAAAAUAUUUGGCAGGAUUGUGCUGUUUGAUUUUCUGGGAUUAGGCUACAGCGAUAAGCCAAGGUUUCACACUUACUCCAUCUUUGAACAAGCCAACAUUACCGAAGCCCUCAUGAAGAAAUUGGGCUUGCGCAGGGUUCAUGUCCUAGCUCAUGAUAUAGGAGACACAGUGGCCCAGGAACUUCUUGCUAGACAACAGGAAGGUGUCCUGCCAUUUGAAAUUUCGACUUUGUGUAUGAUGAACGGUGGAAUUUUGCCUCAGCAUCAUCAUCCAAGAUGGUCUCAAUUGAUAUUGAGAAUGCCUGUCAUUGGUGUUGUGGCUUCAAGGUUCAUGAACCACCUGGUCUUCAGAGUAGCGCUGGCUGAUGUCUUUGGCCCCAACACUAAACCAACUGCAACAGAUGUCCACAAUUACUGGCAUUUAGCUCGGCUGAAAGAUGGUUACCGGGUAUUUGGCCUGCUCCUCUCCUACAUCGACGAAAGGUUCGAAAAUGAAGAGAGGUGGGUUAGAGCACUGCAGAAGUCGGCUUCCAAAGUUCACAUGAUAUAUGGCCCGGCCGAUCCUGUCAACAAACCACCAUUUCAGGAGCACUACAAGAAACUCGUUCCUGGCUCUAGCAUCCACAUUCUCCACGAACACAUCGGCCAUUACGUGCACCUAGAAGCUCCCAAGGAGGUGGUUGCAGGCUACUUACCGUUCUUGGAAGCCCACGGUGUCAAAACAAAGACCAUAUCUGUUGCACUCCCCGACAGGUUGUUGUAGUCCAAACCCCAUUUUUAUAUGACUUAAGUGGCACAUUACUGUACUGAUCCUCUUUUAUUCACCUGCUCAUAGGCUCAGAACAGUAUGAAUUUUUAAUUGUAAUCUCAUAGCAGUGCCUUCAGCAAGAACUUUCUGUGAUAUUCUCUCCACUAUGCCUUAAGCUGACCACCGUGCCUGGUCAUGUUACUUCAAACACUCUGGUCGAAAAAGAACUCAAAAGAAAAUGUCAUUACCUAAGGUAUGUCACCAAUUUCCAACUUUUUAAAAAUCUUAUUGUUAUUUCAUGUUCGGCUUCUAAAGAACCAUCUCAAAAGCCUUUAAAGUGUUCUAACCAAUGAAAAAUAUAACAGUUCUAAUUAAAUAAGCAGACUAUUUUGUGAACUAGGAUUUCUAUUUGCCAUCUGAUUAGUGCAAAGUGCGUUAUAGCUCUCCCCCUUCUCCUCCUCUCCCCAAAAUCUGCCACUUAGAUGGUAAAGCUUUAAAUGAAGGAUCAUAACAUUGAAAGUUAAUUGUUUUCAGUUAACCUAAUUCAUUGUGCAGCCUAAUCUGUAAAGGAGCUUUAUUGAAAAAUGUUUAUAGUGAAGUUGUCUGUGUUCACAAACAAAAAUUUCUUGGCACAAUGAAAGUUGCUUCCAGCUUUUGAGCAAAACAAGGUAGACACAAAAUUUUUUAUGCUAAAUGUUUGAGUGUGUGAGGGUGCUUAAAAUGUCUAAAAUAGAAAAGCUUUUUUUUUUUUU